AUGAGCCCGUCAACAAAUCUUGACAAGGACGAAAAAGAAAAUCCAGUUGAUGAAACUAAAUACCAUGGAAUGAUUGACUCUUUACUUUACUUUACUGCCAGUCGACCAGAUAUUAUGUUCAGUGUGUGUAAAUAUGCCAGGUUUCAGUCAGCUCCUAAGGAAUUACAUCUGAGUGCAGUAAAGAGAACAAUUCGUUAUCUCAUAGGAAUUGUUUCUUAUGGAUUAUGGUACCCACAUUCUAACAAUUUUAAGCUUGAAGAUUUUUCAGAUGCUGAUCUUGCAGGUGAUAAGGAAGAUAGAAAGAGCACCAGUGGAACAUGUCAAUUACUGGGAAAGGCGUUAAUAUCAUGGAACAGUAAAAAAUAA